AUAUAAAGUAGAGAAGCCGAAAACUUGGAACCAAAAGCAGCAGUGGCAUUGGAAAAAUAUAGAGAGAGAUCCUUUCCUUCUCUCUUGCUUUCCUUUGACGCUUCUGACCCUUUUCCCUUCCAAAACGCCUUUCUGUUCUCUUCUCUGACCUAAUGGCUUUCUCCGACUCUUCUUCUGGCCGCAACUCUCUCAUCCCCUCCUUCCUAUACUCCUCGUCCUCCAAGACGCUUCCUCUCCACCGUAUGCUCCACUCCACCGCCGCCGCCGCCCCACCCUCGGCACCGCCGGCAAACCUCGAUUCUGGAUCGCGCGGCUUCAUGAUUCACUCUCCCAGCGAGUCACGUAAAAUCGAGCUGUACUCUCCCGCCUUCUACGCCGCCUGUACUGCCGGUGGAAUCCUCAGCUGUGGCCUCACUCACAUGGCCGUCACUCCUCUUGACCUUGUCAAGUGUAAUAUGCAGAUCGACCCUGCUAAGUACAAGAACAUCACAUCUGGAUUUGGGGUUUUGCUUAAGGAGCAGGGCUUCAGGGGCUUUUUCCGUGGUUGGGUGCCUACCUUGCUUGGUUACAGUGCCCAGGGUGCUUGCAAAUUCGGAUUUUACGAGUUCUUUAAGAAGUAUUACUCUGAUAUUGCUGGUCCAGAGUAUGCUAGCAAGUACAAGACCUUGAUUUACCUUGCUGGUUCCGCUUCUGCCGAGGUUAUUGCUGAUGUUGCUCUUUGCCCCUUCGAGGCUGUGAAGGUCCGUGUCCAAACACAGCCUGGUUUUGCUAGGGGGUUGGCUGAUGGGCUCCCAAAAUUUGUGAAAUCUGAAGGAACUUUGGGGCUGUACAAGGGAAUAGUGCCUCUGUGGGGACGACAAAUUCCAUACACAAUGAUGAAGUUUGCUUCAUUUGAGACCAUAGUGGAGCUGAUCUAUAAGCAUGCCAUUCCUACUCCAAAGAAUGAGUGCACCAAAAGCCUGCAACUCGGUGUCAGUUUUGCUGGUGGAUAUGUUGCUGGUGUGCUUUGUGCAAUCGUGUCUCAUCCUGCUGAUAAUCUUGUCUCUUUCCUGAACAAUGCUAAAGGAGCAACAGUUGGUGAUGCGGUGAGUAAGCUUGGUUUGUGGGGUCUCUUCACCCGUGGUCUUCCCCUCCGUAUUGUGAUGAUUGGAACUCUUACUGGUGCCCAAUGGGGAAUAUAUGAUGCUUUCAAAGUCUUUGUUGGGCUGCCAACAACUGGUGGUCCUGCUCCUGCCGCUGCUCCAGCUCCAGCUCCUGGUUCUGACCUAGCAAAGGCGUAAAAUGUCCAGUGAUGACCACUUAAUAGUUUGUUUACGAAAGUUAGAAGGCAGUGAAUAGGGACCAUAAAUAAACAGAUGACUGAAGUUGCUUGGGUGGAACUCAAGCUUCGUUGGAUAAAUAUUCUUUUCAAGUUCAGACAUUGUUUCCAUUUUAUUGUAUGAGUAUGUCAAGUUUUUGGGAGGAUGGUUUUGCUCGCAUCCUUCCCGUUUUGAGAACUUUGUAGCUAGGAAUGAUAUAAUUUAUAGCAUGUUUGGUUCGCCACAUGCCAUUGCCAACCGGGAAUACACAUUUGUUUUGUUGUCAGUGCAAUAAGCACAGACGCCUAUGCAAUGCCGAGAUUGAGAUAAUUUUUA